AUGAGGAAGUACCUCAAUGACGGACAUGCAGAGGUAGUUACCGAAGCGGAGCAAGCACCAACAGAGCAUAUUUACUAUAUGCCACACCAGGCGGUUGUCCGGGAGAAUUCAACGACAACGAAGCUCAGAGUUGUUUUUGAUGCGUCCUCACAUGCCCCGGGGACCACAUCUCUGAACGCGCAUCUCGAAAAGGGACCGAAGCUAAACACGGAACUACUGCCGCUGCUGCUGCGCUUUCGGACGGUCAAGGUCGCUCUGGUGGCGGACAUUGCCAAAGCGUUCCUCCAGAUUGUAGUCAGGGAAGAGGAUCGUGACGCACUUCGUUUCCUGUGGUGUAACGAAAUGCCGAAGGAAGAUGAUCAUGAGCCACUCUUAGAAGAGCACUACGCUGCGACCAUAGAAACAGGACUUUUGGGAUUACGGUGGAAUCGACACACUGACAGCAUCAAGCUCGCGGAAUGCAGGCCACCCAACACCACGUCGGCGGGCAACACGAAACGGUCGGUGCUACAGCUCUCAGCCUCAAUUUUCGACCCACUUGGUGUUGCCAGUCCAUUCACGAUACGGGCUCGCAUGCUCUUCCAGCGCAUCUGGCAGCAUGGUCUUAAUUGGGACGACGAACUACCUGAAGAAAUAGCUUUGGAGUGGAAGCGCUGGUGCGAGGAACUGCCGGACAUGGCAAGAAUCGAAAUACCUCGGUAUGUGAGCCAAGGGGUUGAAGACAUUGCAAACGCAAUCCAGGUGCACGUCUUCACGGACGCCAGUCAGUCGGCUUACGGAGCCAGCGUAUACCUGCGCACAGAGGACGUCAAUGGAAAGGUUAUGGUCACUCUGAUGGUUGCUAAAGCACGAGUUGCGCCGCUAAAAACACUGACCCUACCCCGCCUAGAACUCAUGGGAGCUCUAAUAGGAUGUAGGCUGGCCAAAAGCCUUUUGGGUUCGCUCUCUCACCUUCCCCUCCAGCUAAUCUUCUGGACAGACUCGAACAUUGUACUCCGUUGGAUUAAAGGAUCGGCACUGCGGUGGAAGCAGUUUGUACGCAACAGGGUGACAGAAAUUCAAACUGCAACCGAUCCAGCUGCCUGGAGGCACUGUCCAGGGGAGCAAAAUCCAGCGGACCUGCUCACAAGAGGUGAAAGCAUGGAGAAACUGCUACACAGCAAGGUGUGGUUCAGAGGCCCUGCAUGGUUGUCGGAGUCGCCGGAGUUAUGGCCCAGCGGCACGCACGAACCGCAGGUGAACGAAGAGACUGUAGAAACAGAAGGGGCAAAGAUACAAGUGCUCUUCGUGGACACUGACACUACUACUUCCAGCCUACUGAGGCUAGAGAACUACAGUAGUUGGUAUUUCGUGUUGAGGCUCACAGCAUGGAUUCGUCGCUUUGCAGACCGUUGCAGGCGAAAGAAGAGGCGGCAAGGGCCCCUAACUGCUAAUGAGGUUCAUGAGGCGGAGGUCCAUUGGGUUAAAGAUGCACAAAGGUCCGAGUACUACAAGGAGCUGCAGGAGCUCGCAGGUGGGGGCAUGGUGAGCCAGAAGUCUCCGAUCACCCUCUUGCAGCCAGUUCUGGACCAGGAUGAUAUUUUAAGGAUCUCGGGACGGUUGCAGCACUCGACAUUGCCAACGGACAAUCAUGCCAGUGCUACUAUCGUUCCUGAGGCCAAGGAAGCUGUUGCAAAAGACAGAAAAUGGCUGUGA